AUGAGACUCAUGGCGAUGCACAUAUGGUGGUUGGCCGCAUUCGUGAUUCAAUGCGUGUUUGCACAGGAUCUCAUUGCGAGCCUCGACUACGGAACCUUUCAAGGCGCCUAUAGCGCCCAGUACAAUAUCUCGUACUGGCAAAAGAUUCCAUUCGCAGCACCGCCGAUUGGAGAGAACAGAUUCCGCGGCCCCCAGCCGCCACUGCGCAUCGAAAAUGGCACCUACAACUCGACGACAACUUUUGACAUGUGCCCGCAGAGGACGGUCAAUGGCUCAGAAGACUGUCUAUAUCUCGGCCUCUACGGCCGGCCCUGGACCCAAGGGCAGCCCCUCCGCCCCGUCGUGGUCGUCUUUUACGGCGGCGCCUUCAUCCAGGGGUCGGCCUCCUUUACGCUCCCGCCGUCGGCGUAUCCGGUGCUCAACGUGUCAGAGUCCAGCGACAUGAUGUUUGUGUACCCAAACUAUCGCGUCAAUGCCUUUGGGUUUUUGCCUGGGCGCGAGGUGGCCGAGGACCCGCACUCGGACGUCAAUGCCGGUCUGCUGGAUCAAGAGGCCGCGAUACGGUGGACGCGACGGUACAUUGGCCAGUUUGGCGGCGACUUAGAGGAGAUUUCCAUCUGGGGCCAGUCGGCCGGGGGAGGCAGCGUGCUGGCGCAGACGAUUGCGCGACAAGAGCUCAGUGAUGAUGCAACGGGGCGAGGAGAAGCAAGGGGAAAGCUGUUCAAGCGAGCUCUGGCGUCUAGUCCGUUCUGGCCAAAGACAUAUUCCAACGACGCGCCCGAGGCCCAGUCCCGGUACGAUCAGCUCGCCAACCUGACGGGCUGUGCCGACGCGUCCGACACCCUCCAGUGUCUCAAGACUAUCGACGUGGCUGUGAUCCGCAACGCCAGCUACGCCAUGGUCUCGGGAAACCUGUACGGACCGACAUCAUAUCCCUGGGGGCCCAUUAUUGACGGGUCGUUCUUGACCCGAUCGCUCUCUGAAAUUACGAACUCAGCAGGCAACCUCAAUGCCGAGUUGGUCUACUCCAUGUACAACACCCACGAGGGCGAGAACUUCGUUUCCUCGGCCGUCGACUAUGACGCGUGGAUCACGGGCUUUCUGCCCUUGUUUUCCACUGCCGAUCUCGCGCGGCUCAAUGCCCUAUACCCGGCCGCCGGCAGCGCAGAGUCCAUCACGGCGUACAAUGACUCGUACACACGGGCCGGCCUCGUCUACCGCGACUCGGUCCUGGCGUGCCCGGCCUACUGGACGGCCGGGGCGGCGCAAGACGGUGGCUGGCUCGGGGAAUACACCAUUUCCCCGGCCAAACAUGCUUCCGACGUGAGCUAUUGGAACACUGUAAACUCGAUUCAGCAAACGGAUCCGCUGCAUUACAAAGGCUUUGCCGGUGCUUUUGCUUCCUUCUUCAUGACUGGGGACCCGAAUGCGCUCAAGCUGACAGCGGCCAACGUCACGGGAGUACCGGCAUUGCAGACGGGCCAGGAGUGGGUGAUUGACAGUGACGGAUUUACUACGAGCAACCUUACGCAAUUCGUGGCACGGUGUAACUUUUGGAGAGAAAUGGCAACAAAACUGCCGGUGUGA